AGAGUUUUCAAUUGCGAUAACUAAUUAUUUGAGUUGGGUUUCCCGUUGGGUACUCUACUACCAAGUCGACGAUGGAUCCUAUGCCAUCACCUAGUGUUGGUCUAUUUCGGCAGUAAUGCGUCAUAGAGCCUGUAAGUUGUAGUGCUUUGAGCAGGAGCUCGUGUCUUAAAUUUUGGUAGUUUUGGUUCACUCAUGUUUCUAUGUAUUGUGAUGUAAUCUUUGCCUUCGGGCUUUUGAAUGUAAUGAAUUGCCUGUUGCUCAAAAAAAAAAAAAAAAUUAGCAAUGGUGAAGAAAUUAGCUGAAUGUUUGGGUGAAUAACAGAGGAAUAAUUUUUUUGAAGAAGGGAAAUAGUUCCAUUGCGAUUAUGUAAAUCAAUAUUUCCUCAAUUUGUGAAGUGAAUCGCCGAGCUCAAAAUUGCGACAAGCAUUUUAUGAAAGUCAUGGCAAUAUAUAACUGAAAAAGUGAUUCAAAGAAUAUAACUAUUUACAUGAACUCCAAUCUAUCAUUCUUCAUUUCUUCAAAAUAUAUGAUUUCUAUCCAAACCUCAACUUUCCCUCCAAAAUUUUAAAUUUUAAAAACUGGUUAAAUAUAUUGAUUAUUGGUCUCAUUUUAAAGGUACUGUGAAUCUCUUUUUAAUUAUACCAAUUUUAUGAUAAAUAAAUUAUAAUACAUUAAACUAUAGCAUUUUAAAGUGAAGAAAUUAAUAAAAUGAAGAAGGUUCUUCAUUUUUCGUAUGAUUCUUCAUAUAUGAAUAAUGAAAAAUGGUUUUUCAUUUUGAAGACCUCUAAUGAAGUAUGGGUGGAGGAGGGACAUUCCUCAAAACGAAGAUUUGGAGAACCAAAAUGAGAUUUGAAGCAUGGUUGGAGAUGCUCUAAAGUGAAGCCAAACAAGGCCUUAAACCAUGGAAACGACUACUCAUUGUCCAUUGAUCCCACUCCAUUUUGUUUUUCUUUUAUUUAUAAACGUGGCCCCACUGUAAUUUUGAAUUACCGGUUCGUUUUUUUUAUUUUUUAUUAUAAAGACAAGUCUCAAGCAAAGACACCAAUGCUCUAUUAAAGCAAGGUUAUCAGCAAGCAGCAAAUUCAGCAUUAACAUUCCAAUCACCACAUGGUAUGGCAGUGUUAAAGCCAUUCUUCCUUUUCACAUACGUCGUUUUUCUGUUGUCCUUGCAUUCUGGCUCUUCUCUUGUGGCCUGCUUUGUGCAAGGGGGGAAUGAGACCGAUCGUCUAGCCUUGCUUGCGUUCAAGGCCGCAAUAACGAGUGAUCCCUUUGGAGCACUGGACUCGUGGAAUGAAACCAUUCACUUUUGUCACUGGAUUGGCUUGACAUGUGGCCGCCGACACCAGAGGGUUAUCGUGUUGAGGCUUGAACAUCAGGAGCUCACUGGGUUUGUUUCACCUCAUGUUGGGAAUUUGAGCUUUCUCAAGGAACUAUGGCUGGGUAACAAUAGCUUGAGUCAUAAAAUUCCACCAGAAAUUGGCCGCUUGCGAAGACUACAAAUAUUGACAAUGGUCAAUAAUUCAAUUUCUGGUGAAAUUCCGUCCAGUAUAUCCGGUUGCUCUAACCUUGUUGCCCUUGAACUCUCAGGUAAUAGGCUGGCAGGGAAAAUUCCUGUGGUGCUCGGUUCUUUAACUAAGCUCAAGACACUGCUGAUCGCAAGAAAUAACAUAACAGGAGAUCUGCCUUCUACUCUUGGGAAUCUAUCAUCUCUUACGAACCUUGCUGCUUAUUUCAAUAGUAUUACCGGGAAUAUACCAGAUACUCUUGGUGGAUGCAAAAAAUUGGAAGUUCUUAGAAUAGGAGUGAACAAGUUGGUCGGUACCUUUCCUUUCUCAAUCUAUAAUAUCUCUUCUAUGAGACACUUAGUAGUACCAUAUAACCAAAUUGAAGGCAGCCUUCCUUCUGACCUAGGAAUCACUCUUCCAAAUCUUAAACGCCUAGGUCUCAGCAACAACUUGUUUACUGGUUAUAUACCUAUUUCAGUAUGCAAUGCCACCAACCUAUAUGACCUUGUUUUGGGAACAAAUAGAUUUAAAGGAAAAGUCCCUCCUUUAGAAAAGUUGUGUGAUCUUGAGUUGUUUCAGUUAGAACAUAAUCAUCUAGGAACAGGGGAAGUGGAUGACUUGAGCUUUCUAAACUCAUUGACAAAUGCUACCAAGUUGCGCAUUCUGUCACUGAGCGACAAUAAACUUGGAGGUGUGUUGCCUGAAUCAAUUAGCAACUUUUCCGCUCACCUUCGUAAACUAGCUUUGAAUGGAAAUAACAUAGGUGGGAGCAUCCCAACCGGGAUAGGGAAUCUUAUCAAUUUGCAGCUUCUUUUCAUGUCCCACAACCAUUUAAGCAGCAACAUUCCUGCUGAUAUUGGGAAGCUUCAAAGGCUACAGUAUUUGUAUCUCCAUGGUAACAAUUUCUAUGGGGAGAUCCCAUCAUCUCUUGCAAAUUUAACUUCUUUAAAUCAACUUAUUUUGUCUCAAAAUAAUCUCCAAAGCAGCAUCCCUUCAAGUCUUGGGAAAUGUCAAUUAUUGCAGGUACUAUAUCUUGAUCAUAAUAACCUUAGUGGUAUCAUACCCAAAGAAGUUAUCAUUAUCUCAUCGUUGUUGUAUCUAGAUAUAUCUUCCAACAAUUUGGCUGGUAACAUUCCAGUAGAAGUAGGAAAUUUAAAAAAUCUAGAAGAAUUUAGUGCUUCUGAGAACACACUGUCAGGAGGAAUUCCAAGCACUCUCGGUAGUUGUGUAAAACUAAGAUUCUUAUACCUUGAUGGCAACAAAUUAUGGGGAAACCUUCCGGCAACCUUAGCUAAUUUGAGAGGUUUGGACCAAUUAAAUCUUUCUCACAACAAUUUCUCAGGACAAAUCCCAGAGUACUUGGAUGGCUUCAUCUUUUUAAACACAUUAGACUUGUCAUUCAAUGAUUUUGAGGGCGCAGUACCAGAAAGAGGUGUAUUUAAGAAUGCAACUGCCAUUUCUGUUGGAGGAAACAACAAGCUCUGUGGGGGCAUAGUUGAAUUGCAGCAGCGCAGUUGCAACUCUAAAAAGGGUAGAAGGAAACGAUUCUCUCUAAUUGGGAAAUUAAUACUCUCGGUAUCAUUUGGGCUUCUAGGACUAUUUUUGACGUUGGGUGUUCUUUAUCUUUGUUGGUCUAGGAAGACAACAAAAGUACCCCCCUUCCGGAUUUUAGGAAAUUCGUUUCCGCAAUUGUCCUACCAAACUCUGCUUAGAGUUACUGAUGGGUUCUCUCCAGCCAACUUAAUUGGAGUGGGUAGUUUUGGUUCAGUUUAUAAAGGAAUUCUCGAUCAAAGUGGAAAAGUUGUAGCCGUGAAGGUUCUAAACCUUCAAUUCCGUGGUGCCUCAAAGAGUUUCAUAGCCGAGUGUAAAGCCAUGAGGAGCAUCAAACAUCGGAAUCUUGUAAGGAUUCUUACAGCAUGUUCGAGUAUUGACUAUCAAGGUAAUGAUUUCAAAGCUCUGGUUUAUGAGUUCAUGAUCAAUGGGAGCCUAGAGGAGCGGUUGCAUCCAAAUGGGAAUGGAGUUGGCGUGCAUGAGGAGGAAAGGAGUUUGAACCUGCUACAAAGGCUUCAUAUUGCAAUCGAUGUUGCUUCUGCUCUUGAUUAUCUUCACCAUCAUUGUUGGGAUCCUAUAGUUCACUGUGACUUGAAGCCGAGCAAUAUUCUUCUGGACAAUGAAAUGAUUGCACGUGUAGCUGAUUUUGGUUUAGCAAGAUUCCUUCUCAAUGCCACCUAUGAGUCUUCUGCAAAUCAAUCAAGCUCCAUUGACAUAAGAGGGUCUGUUGGUUAUGCCGCUCCAGAGUACGGCAUGGGAAAUGAGGCCUCAACAUCUGGCGAUGUGUAUAGCUAUGGCAUACUCUUGUUGGAGAUGUUCACCGGGAAGAGACCUACAGAUGACAUGUUUACCGAUAGUCUGACACUCCACCAAUUUGCUAAGAUGGCUCCACUCGAAUCAGUGGAGAGCAUUUUCGACCCAACAUUGAUUCCGCAAGGACAAAUUGGUGAGGCAAGCACUAGUAUCAGCAGCGUUCGGAAUCAGAGCUCUCUCAAGAAUCACAAAAUUCACGAGUGCUUGAUUUCACUACUUCAAGUUGGAAUCGCUUGUUCAGAGGAACAAGCAACAGAUCGACCGGACAUCAAUGUGGUUGUCACUGAUUUGCAUAAGAUCAAGAACAUUCUUCUUGGAAGUGGAGUACAUGGAGGUUGAAGAUCUAGAAUUCCUGUGUGAUCAAUGAGUAGGUUUCUGAGGUGUAGCUGGUGUUGAAGACACUUCUUGACGCAAUAGCUACGUGAUGCUUCAAUUGCUUCUGCUGUUUGUUAUAGACAUAUAGCAGUAUUCUAUGUUGUAACUUUCCGUACAGCUUCUUUAUCGUUUUUAGUUUGUCUCAGUUUGCAACUUCCUUGAAUAAAUGUACUUCAAUAAGGCAAUGGCUAGGUA